AGCGGAUCCGUCCCAGAUGCCAAGAAAUUCGAUUCCGCUCCACCAGCGUUUCGGCCGUACGACGCAUUCCAAGAACCCGAUCCCGUUAACGCGCGGUAGUGCACAAAACCUACGCUCUUCUUCAAUAGCUAGCAUUACGGCCUCAUACUUUCCCCGCAGCCGCUGCUCUCGUUCUGCGUCAUUUUUCUUUUCUGUUUUGCACCUGCAAGACCCAAGGAUGGCUCCUCAUGACGACAACGACCUUCUGGGCGUGAGUAGAACUGCAGCGCAGGCUCCGUCCAUUCGGCACGCGUCGGAUCAAUAUCAGGCCUUGUCUGUGGGACUCCUCAGCCCACGCUAGCAAAAAUGCUCGUGUACACUGCGAGGUUAGUACGAAGGGGCCCAUCAGGUAGGUCGAUUUGUUACAGGAGAUGCUCCGGCCACCGAUGGCCGUCUUUUUCGUAUAACAACAUGUUGCGAUGUCUCGCUGCAGGCAUCUGCUCUUCGUAGCCAGUGUCUCUUAUUAAAGGAAUUUCCGGUGUAUUCUUGCUUCCAUCCACUGUUACAAUCCUUCUGUUCGUUCUUCGAUUAAAGCGUGUGCUCGUAUCGACUUGUGUGAACCCUCACCGAGAGAAAGAAAAAAAAUGCCCAUCGCAGAUUUCGAAGGCUGCAAAGCCUAUGAGCCAGGAAAGGCAGAUCUGUACGGCUACAAACCCGAACUGGCCGCAGGAAUCGUCUUCUCCGUUCUAUUCUUCAUCUCGAUGGUCGCACACUUCGUCCAGGGAUGGAUGAAACGCACCUGGUGGACAGCUGUCUUUGCCGUUGGCGCUCUCACCGAGUUGAUAGGCUGGGCCGGUCGAACGUGGUCAUCGCAGUGUCCGUCAAACCUCAAUGCCUUUCUCAUGCAAAUCUGCACCCUCAUCAUAGGGCCCACCUUCUUCACCGCGGGCAUUUACGUCAUCCUCGGUCGGCUCAUCAACCUAACGGGGGGCAAGGGGAAGACGUCCAUCAUCAGCUCCCGAAUGUACCUGUUCAUCUUCUGCACUUGCGAUGUCAUCAGCCUGGUGAUUCAGGCCAUCGGCGGCGCCCAGGCAAGCGCUGCUGUCUCUGCCACACCUCCACGAAGGAGCAAGACAGGAACGAACAUCAUGGUCGGAGGUAUCGUGUUCCAGAUGGCCAGCAUAACCGUCUUCGCCUUUUUCUUCGUCGACUUCCUUCGGAGAGCCGUAAAGCUGGGCACCGGGAUCUUGACCAGGGACAUCAAGACUCUGAUCUGGGCGACGACGUUUUCCGGCGCGCUCAUCUACGUCCGGAGUAUAUAUCGAACGGUCGAGCUGGCCCAGGGCUGGACGGGAUAUCUGAUCACUCACGAGGGUUAUUUCCUCGGAUUCGAUGGGGCGCUUAUGAUUUUAGCCGUUGCUGUGUUCAACUUCGCCCAUCCUGGCUGGCUUCUACCUCGCAGCCUAGCUAUGCAGGAAAAAUCUUCUGCCUCCUCUACUCGCGAGAGCGAGGCGGAUGGUUUUUAUGAAACUUCCAGAGCUUAAAGACACAUAGAGAUGCAUAGAAUUAUGAUUUCAGUUUUCAUUUGUCUCGUAUUACAUGUAUUUCUUGUUCGUUGUGUAAUAGAGAGCGGACAACAGUUUUCCAGAUCUCUGCAUGUUAGAGUGAAGGGGCACAUUUGAUGAAUAGAAAAAUCCGAUUUCUAAGGACAGAAC